AUGUUCGAUCAGAAUCUACAACAUUCCUCUCACACAGACCAACACACUCUCCACCAAUGUUCGAUCAUAAUCUACAACAUUCCUCUCACACAGACCAACACACUCUCCACUAAUACCAACACCACUCUCCACCAAUGUUCGAUCAUAAUCUACAACAUUCCUCUCACACAGACCAACACACUCUCCACCAUGUUCGAUCAAUCUCACACCAGACCAACACACUCUCCACUAAUGUUCGAUCAGAAUCUACACAUUCCUCUCACACAGACCAACACACUCUCCACUAAUACCAACACACUCUCCACUAAUGUUCGAUCAGAAUCUACAACAUUCCUCUCACACAGACCAACACACUCUCCACUAAUGUUCGAUCAUAAUCUACAACAUUCCUCUCUACAGACCAACACACUCUCACCAAUUCGAUCAUCUACAACAUUCCUCUCACACAGACCAACACACUCUCCACCAAUGUUCGAUCAAUCUACAACAUUCCUCUCACACAGACCAACACACUCUCCACCAAUGUUCGAUCAUAAUCUACAACAUUCCUCACACAGACCAACACACUCUCCACAAUGUUCGAUCAUAAUCUACAACAUUCCUCUCACACAGACCAACACACUCUCCACAAUGUUCGAUCAUAAUCUACAACAUUCCUCUCACACAGACAACACACUCUCCACAAUGUUCGAUCAGAAUCUACAACAUUCCUCUCACUCUCACAAUGUUCGAUCAAAUCUACAAAUUCCUCUCACAGACCAACACACUCUCCACCAAUGUUCGAUCAGAAUCUACAACAUUCCUCUCACACAGACCAACACACUCUCCACCAAUACCAACACACUCUCCACCAAUGUUCGAUCAGAAUCUACAACAUUCCUCUCACACAGACCAACACACUCUCCACCCGAUCAAUCACAACAUUCCUCUCACACAGACCAACACUCUCCACCAAUGUUCGAUCAGAAUCUACAACAUUCCUCUCUACAUUUCCAACACACUCUCCACCUCGAUCAGAAUCUACAUUCCUCUCACACAGACCAACACACUCUCCACCAAUGUUCGAUCAUAAUCUACAACAUUCCUCUCACACAGACCAACACACUCUCCACUAAUGUUCGAUCAGAAUCUACAACAUUCCUCUCACACAGACCAACACACUCUCACUCGAUCAGAAUCUACAACAUUCCUCUCACACAGACCAACACACUCUCACAAUGUUCGAUCAUAAUCUACAACAUUCCUCUCACACAGACCAACACACUCUCCACAAUGUUCGAUCUACACUCUCCACUAAUGUUCGAUCAAUCUACAACAUUCCUCUCACACAACACACUCUCCACUAAUGUUCGAUCAUAA